AUGGCUUUUUCUAUAUUAUUUUCUAUAACACAAUUAGUAAAAUAUACUUUUGGAAAUUAUGGAAUAUAUUCAUCCGAGUUUUUAGAAAAUCAGCCUAUCUUUAGAACAUACGAUACACAUCGAAAUUCUCCGCUAUCCGAAAUGACAAAUAAACAUAGAUUUUCAAAGAUUCAUGCAUAUUCUCCUCAUACAUUGGUUGAUAGUAUACAUCCUUAUUAUAUUCGUGCAGAGUCAAAAUUUAAACCUGACGAUGUAACAGUUAUUACAUUUGUUACCCACAAUCGUUUAAACGAAUUAGUUAGAUUGGCUGAAUUAUGGAAAGGGCCAAUAUCAGCAACUUUACAUAUACCUUCUAAAAUAGGAUUAACUGACCCACUUAUAGUUGAAACGAUUAACUCAAUUAAAAAAAUUUAUAAAAAAAAAACAAAUUUACGAAAACAAAUCGACAUUCAUCUUAUAACCGGCCCAUCAACUUCACUUAAUGAAACCUUAUUACCAACUCCAACUAAUUUUCAUGUAAAUGUUGCUCGUUUUUUUGCUAGAACUGAAUUUAUUUUCUUUCUUGAUUUUGAUACUUGGCCAACGCCUGAAACUCAUUCAAAUAUUAAGCGUUAUGCUGAUAUAUUAAUUAAAAAUAAUGUUUUAAUUUUACCUACUUUUGUAUUUAUUGAAAAUGUUGAACAUGUUGAAAAUAGCACUAUUCAUUAUAAGUUUCCUAAAACAAAAAACGAUGUAAUUCGUUUAGUUAAUCGACGUAAAUUAGGUUUGCAAGAUUAUGGUUGGGAAAUUAAUAGUGGUCCAACUUGUUUAGAUAGUUGGUUAAAAGCUGAUGAAUUGUUUCAUGUUGAAGAAUAUGAAUUACAUUAUAGACCAAAUUUCGUUGCAAGAAAAGGUGGUCAGAUUCCUUGGUGUUCGGAACGAUUUGAUGAUAAUAAAGCAGCUUGUAUUUUUGAAAUAUAUUUAAGUGGUGCCGAAUUGUAUGUUGAUCCUAACAGUUUCUUAAUUCGACAUCAUUUUGAUCAAGAUUCUCAUCUCGUAAACUAUGGAGAUCCACAUUGGCAGAAAGUAAUUAAUAGCCGCAUGUACACAAAUUUUUCACGAGAGGUUUGUCUUUUAUAUGUUAGAACAUUUGUAGCAAUGGAUUUAUGGAAAUCACCUAUUUCUGAUCACGUAAAGCAAGAAUGUCAGAGAGUUUUGGCAAGUUGGGGUUCAGGUUUAAUAAAGAAUUCUGAAAAAUAA